AUGGCCGACAAUGCGCCUGCAGCCGCUGCAAGUAGUGUGAAGUGUGGUGACGGUGGUCAGCCUCUCGACAGUUCGCUCGCGUCCUCGAAAAAAAUGUACAACCCAAACAACAACGUCCAGGGUGCCAGCGGCAGCGGCAACAACGGUGGUGCCGCCCCGGGUGGAACGACCCCCAGUGCAACAACGGCCGGCCCGGUGGACCGUCUCAGGAUGCUGUAUCCGAACGUCAACGAAGCGGUUGACCCGUUGCCACGCUCCUGGAGCCUGCAGGACAAGUGCAGCACCAUCGGAUUAACGCAAAACAAUUUACGUGUUCAUUACAAAGGAAUUGGCAAAUCACACACAGAUGCGGCCUCGGUGCGUACAGCCUAUCCAAUCCCGGCCGCCUGUGGACUGUACUACUUCGAGGUGAAAAUUAUCUCCAAAGGUCGCGAUGGUUACAUGGGCAUCGGGUUGACCCACACAAACUUCAAAAUGAACCGCCUGCCCGGUUGGGACAAGCAAUCGUACGGCUAUCACGGCGACGACGGGCACUCGUUCUGCUCGUCCGGCAAUGGGCAACCGUACGGGCCCACAUUUACCACCGGUGAUAUUAUUGGUUGUGGCGUCAAUCUGGUCGACAAUACUUGUUUCUACACAAAGAACGGUCACCAUCUGGGCAUCGCUUUCAAGGAUCUACCGCCCCGGUUAUACCCGACGGUUGGACUACAAACGCCCGGCGAGGUAGUCGAUGCGAACUUCGGUCAGGAACCGUUCAAGUUCGACAUCGAAGACAUGCUAAAGGAGCUGCGGGCCAGCACGAAGGCCACGAUCUACAACUUCCCACUGCCGGAUGAUCAGGGCGACUGGACGGUGAUUUUGCACAAAAUGGUUUCCUCCUAUCUGGUCCAUCACGGGUACAGCUCGACGGCGGAAACAUUCGCACGGACCACGGGUCAAACUUUACAGGAAGACAUGACAUCGAUUAAAAAUCGACAAAAAAUUAUAAAACUAGUGCUUUCCGGUCGCAUGGGGCAAGCAAUCGAACAAACCAUUCGUCUCUAUCCGGGUCUGCUAGAGUCGAAUCAAAAUCUGCUUUUUAUGCUGAAGUGCCGACAGUUUAUCGAGAUGGUAAACGGAUCUGACUUUGACCUAGGUACUCCUUCGUCGCGUACGAGCCCAGUGCAAACAUCGGUGAUACAAUCAACAAAGAGUUAUCAAAACGGCAGCACCAUUAUUCCGGAUAACGUUGACAAUCAGGGAUACUUAAAAAAUAACGUCCUCAGUAAUAACACCAACAACAACAAUAAUGGCAACUGCAUCGAAGACGACUACUCGAACGACGUGGAGAUGGAGAACGGUCACAGCAAUAAUAGCGCCACGAAUGGAUACAAAAACGGUACCGCAAAUCGAACGAACACAAACGAAUCGGUAGAAGAGGAAGAAGAGGAACCUGAAACCGGCAGGGAUGAAGAUAUGGACGUGGACUCAUCGCUAUCGCCAAAUUGUAAAUCGGCGAGUGCCACGGCAAAGUCAGGUGUCGAGCGGAUGCUAGAAUUUGGCCGGGAGCUAUUCCAGAUGAGCCAACGACUGGAGAAGGAACAUGGUGUUAAUGAAACUAAUCAAAAAAUGUUAGAGGAUGCAUUUAGUUUAUUAGCCUAUUCUAAUCCAUGGGCCAGCCCGCUCGGCUGGCAACUGUGCCCAUCGCGUCGUGAAGCUGUAUGUGCUGCUCUAAACUCUGCCAUAUUAGAAUCAAUGAAUUACUCAUGGCGACCACCGCUAGAGGUGUGCAUAGCGCAUGCCUGCGAGCUGCUCCGUCUCAUGUCGAGCUCAUCCCUCGGUGCGUGCGCGUUCGUCAGUGUGGACGAUAUUCUUGCUCAACAGCAACAUUGA